UUGCGUUAAUCUGUUGAUUGCUGAAUUUGCCAUCUUCAGUAAUAGUGCUAUAGGUACGUAUAUAUAUGGUAUAGCAGAGCAGUUUUGGUCCAUACAGCUAGUAUUUUAUCCGGCUGAGUAUGUUCUUUCUAGUGUUGCUAUUAUUGGCUAAUGCCAUUCCAAGUCACUACUGUUCUACUGUUGAAAGCAUAUCUUGCUCAUCAGAAGUAACUCCAAGUGGUAGUUUUUCCUGUGUCGGGGUGCCAAUCCAAUGUACUCUAACAUUGAAUGCUACGAUUUGCAACGAUGAUGGAAGUGUCACUCAUCUUACCAAUGGCGAUUUAACUGUUCACAUCACAGAAAUCUCGUUGAGUACGCCACCAUUUUUGAUUAAUCAGACUGGCACUACUGUAGUGGUCACAGCAGACUACUUACCGACACAAGACACCAGCAUGCUUGAUGUCACUAUCACCUCGACUAAUCUGAACUGCGGCUUUGAUGUAGUGUCCGGCCCCUUAUUGGUUGCACCUUCAGCCAGCUGCAACUAUCCUGUCUCUUUCGGUUUCAUCAGUAGCUCACCAAGCUCACAAAACCACACUAUCAAUGGAGGAGAAAUAAUAACAGUCAAUUUGGGAUUAGCUGUAACGGACUCAUUGGCAGUCGAAAACGUAACUUUUGCGUACAAUCUAAUACAUCCUGCAUUGAGAUUUGUUUCCGAAAACACGACAACUUCUAACCUUGAAACUGCUGUCACCUCUCCAAUAACUUCUGGUGAUGAUUAUCAUAGUCUUCUCACAAGCUCUUUUACACCACUUGUAUUGCUUUCGUCCUUGGUCCAAGGUGAUAAUGUAACGGUGAACCUGCACUUCCAAGUGCAGCCGUAUGUGCUACCACAGUCAACCUUGUACGUAUCUCUCCAUGUAUUCUAUCAUCACAGAACAUUUUCAAGCUAUAGUCUGAAACAGAACAUCAAUCAACUGAGAAAUUACACUGUCUCUGAAGUGACAGUCGGAAAUGUCACAAUCGAUCUGCCUUAUUACGACCCUCAGAAUUAUGAACCAGACACGUUUCCGUCACAGGAAGGAGAUAUUUUCAUUGUAAAAAUCCCAAUUUUAGUACCUUGUGUUUCAACUGAUCUCACGCUAAACAUUUUGUUACCAGAGUUUUGGUCGGAUUUCUUCACCAGAUAUAAUGUUACUGUAACUAAUGUGACUUUAGUGGCUCCUUCCAACUUAAUGUCAAUUCCUCAUCUUUGCGACUACACUGACCUAAAUGCAAGCAGAUGUGAUUUCGAUGAGCUCUCAGGAACUGGACCAGUAACACUGAUGACUUAUUUUCUUGAGCAGUGGGCAGUGGGGGAUGACAAUAUUACCGUAACAACUGGUCCACUCAUGUACAAUAUCACCACUGGCUCAAUUUGUGCUAGUACAAGUCCACCAAGUACCUGCAACUGUAUUGAUGAGGAAAUUCAGAUAUUUCUCACAGUGCUCGUUCUAACUGACAUGAUUUGUGAGAACCAGACUAUAUCAGACAAUAUCACGACCACUCUAAACCACACCGCAGACAUGACAACAUGGCUAUCACCGACACCUACCCACACAAAGCCGACAAUAAUUCAAUAUCAGGACGUGUUCUCGUUUCUACAUGCUGUCAAUGCGAGUACCCCAGCCAUUAGUCUUCCCAUAAGCUCUCAUAGAGGAGAUGCAGGUGACCCUUUCACAGUAACCUUUGGUGUUGGACAUAAUGGCGAGUAUUCCAAGUUCACGGCCUACGAUUUGAACUAUACAUUCAGUAUUGAUAUGCGGCUUGAUCCAGAGGAGAAGAUUUUGAUAUGCUUCUUUGAUGUGCGCACUGAUCCAAUUAUGUGUGAAGAAGUUCCAUUCGUUGAUUAUACCAUUGUGCGAGAAGGAUUCCAUGAAAUUUUUACUCUCCACGUCCAUCGUGUUGAGCUCACACUGAAUGUGACAGUCAUUCAAGAGGUUGCUCCGGGUAUUAGCUUCUGUAAUCCAGGAGACACUAUCUUUGAAGCACUACCAGACAAUUAUACGCUGAACAUUUCCCCUCUAGUUUGUACCAACUCAUCUUGCGGUAGUGUCAAAAUUGAUCCAGUGAUCCUCUAUCCCUGGGUAGUGCAUUGGAGUAAUGUACCAUGUACAGCUACAGAGGACAUAGUUAACCAAGCAAUUAAUCAACACCAUGUUACAAUUGAGGAACAGUUUAAUACAACUAUUGAAGCUUGUAUGCCAGAGUGCUUCACAGGUGUCAACCUCUAUGUGUCUAUACCAGCUCACAAUGGUGUGCCUAAAUUGACUGUGGAUGAUGCGUAUGUGACGUUUAUUGGUUCUGAACUUUACCAUACCACACUCUUUAAAGGGGAUGCUCUGGCUACUGCUGAUAAUAUCACUGUAACUUCUGAUGGAUCCAUGGUGAGAUUUUUCUUCGGUCCUGAAGUUUUAGUGCCUAAGGACAAUAUUUUGAUUGCGGAUGAGCAAUGUUUUGAAAUUGGGCUUCUCUGGACGGUCGCAAACACCCCAGUCUUCCAUGGCGACACUUUUCACUACUCUGCAUACGUUGAGACAGAUUUUGGGAUUAGGACAAGCAUACAGAGAAAUACUCUGAAGGUGGUGGAGCCUGAUUUGAUAACAAUACCUUCAAUUCCUGGUAUCCAUGAUGCUGGAGACACUGUGACUUCAGUCAUCGUUGUGAAGCACUCUUCUGUGACUCCCCUCACAUGUGGUUUCAGACUCAAUCUGACAGUGACCUACCCAACUGAGUACUUGUACCUGAACGAUAGUGACAUUAACUCAACAGUACUCCUACUGAAUGGAGAAACUCGGCUUUACUCAGUUUCACUGGACGUAGCUGCUGGUACGGUGGUAUUUAGUACUGAUGAACUGCAAAUAAAUGACAAUCUCGAAGUAACUACCAUUUUCAAACUGACACAAAGUGUUGCUAAUAGCCAGCAGUAUACUAUAGACCAUGUACUUGACUGGCAUAACCUGCCAUAUGAAUUGCCGGCUGAGGGUAGGUACUACAACACCAGUGGGAAACAGAUUGUACAGAUUGCAAAAUCCCAGCUAUUUCUCUCUUACGACACAUCCAAUGAGAAUACGUUCAUGAGUGACAUUCGGCUACAGGAAUUUGUCUACCUCAACGUGACUGUCAUACCUCCAGAGGGUAUAUCACCUCUCACGAUAGAGUUGAGUCAUGUGAAUAUCUCUAGUGGCAACUACCCUUUCAAUAUCACCUAUGGAGAGGUGCUGAAAAUUGGUAGCCAUAUCACCAAUACCUCAGUUGCUCUUGGAGACAGCUCGUUUAGCUCUUUGGAUAUUUCUAUCACAGGAAUCUCGGCCAUCACUUUUGGUUUGGGAGAGAGUGUUGUCAAUGUCUAUGACAAUAUUGUGUCUGAAGAGGAUGAGAUUGUAUUGUACGUUGAGGGCUACAUGUCUAACAAUGGAAGUGGCCGUAGCAACCAAGAUGUCACUUUGAAGGGUCAGAUUGUUCAAGAACCCUUAACCAAUGAUGAUACCACACUUAGACUAGUUCACCCUCAACUGCAGGUGGACGGUUUGGCUCCACCAGGACCCUGGGAUGCUGGUGAUCUUCUAAAUCUCACUGUGUUUGUUCGUCACAUGGUACCAUCAGAUGCAUAUGCUGCUUAUGAUCUGAAGCUGACGGUGGAGCUAGACAGUGGUCCAUUACUCAAUGGCCUCACUCUCCUCAAUUCCUCCACUGUCAUUGGGGAAUCUUGCAAUGCAUCUCUCUCCAAGAUCAGCUCGUCGGAGCUGAUCAUCUCAAAGCUUCUGAAUGGUUGUACUGCAGAACUUCACUUGGAUACUAUACUCUCUGACUCUGAAGUGGCUACUAGCAAUAGCAUCUCCAUAGUGUUCAGACUGACUGAGUACUACGCUGUUCCAGUAACCCAAGCAAUACUGUUUAGACAAAACUACGGACCUCUUUCUGUACAUGUAGAUGAGUUGGAUUUGUUCAUGGUUCAGCAAGCACUGUCUGUCAGUUUCAUCAGUAGCUCACCAAGCUCAUCAAACCACACUAUCAAUGGAGGGGAAAUAAUAACAGUCAAUUUUGGAUUAGCUGUAACGGACUCACUGGCAUUUGAAAAUGUAACUCUUGCGUACAAUCUAAUACAUCCUGCAUUGAGAUUUGUUUCCGAAAACACGACAUCUUCUAAUCCUAACAUCACUGUCACCUCUCCAAUAACUUCUGGUGACGAUCAUCAUAGUUUUCUUCUCACAAGCUCUUUCACACCACUUGUAUCGGUUUCGUCCUUAGUCCAAGGUGAUAAUGUAACGGUGAACCUGCACUUCCAAGUGCAGCCGUAUGUGCUACCACAGUCAACCUUGUACGUAUCUCUCCAUGUAUUCUAUCAUCAUUCAGCAUUUCCAAGCUAUAGUCUGAAUCAGAGCAUCCAUCAGCUGAGAAAUUACACUGUCUCUGAAGUGACGGUUGGAAAUGUCACAAUCGAUCUGCCUUAUUACGAUUUUCAGAAUUAUGAACCAGACACGUUUCCGUCACAAAAAGGAGAUAUUUUCAUUGUAAAAAUCCCAAUCGUAUUGCCUUGCGUUUCAACUGAUCUCACACUAAACAUUUUGUUACCAGAGUUUUGGUCGGAUUUCUUCACUAGAUAUAAUGUUACUGUAACUAACGUGACUUUAGUGGCUCCUUCCAACUUAAUGUCAAUUCCUCAUCUUUGCGACUACACUGACCUAAAUGCAAGCAGAUGUGAUUUCGAUGAGCUCUCAGGAACUGGACCAGUAACACUAAUGACUUAUUUUCUUGAGCAGUGGGCAGUGGGGGAUGACAAUAUUACCGUAACAACUGGUCCACUCAUGUACAAUAUCACCACUGGCUCAAUUUGUGCUAGUACAAGUCCACCAAGUACCUGCAACUGUAUUGAUGAGGAAAUUCAGAUAUUUCUCACAGUGCUCGUUCUAACUGACAUGAUUUGUGAGAACCAGACUAUAUCAGACAAUAUCACGACCACUCUAAACCACACCGCAGACAUGACAACAUGGCUAUCACCGACACCUACCCACACAGAGCCGACAAUAAUUCAAUAUCAGGACGUGUUCUCGUUUCUACAUGCUGUCAAUGCGAGUACCCCGGCCAUUAGUCUUCCCAUAAGCUCUCAUAGAGGAGAUGCAGGUGACCCUUUCACAGUGACCUUUGGUGUUGGACAUAAUGGCGAGUAUUCAAAGUUCACGGCUUAUGAUUUGAACUAUACUUUCAGUAUUGAUACGCGGCUUGAUCCAGAGGAGAAGAUUACGAUAUGUUUCUUUGAUAUACGCACUGAUCCAAUUAUGUGUGAAGAAGUUCCAUUCGUUGAUUAUACCAUUGUGCGAGAAGGAUUCCAUGAAAUUUUCACACUCCACGUCCAUCGUGUUGAGCUCACGCUGAACGUGGCAGUCAUUCAAGAGGUUGCUCCGGGUAUCAGUUUCUGUAAUCCAGGAGACACUAUCUUUGAAGCACUACCAGACAAUUAUACGCUGAACAUUUCCCCUCUAGUUUGCACCAACUCAUCUUGUGGUAGUGUCAAGAUUGAUCCAGUGAUCCUCUAUCCCUGGGUAGUCCAUUGGAGUAAUGUACCAUGUACAGCUACAGAGGACAUAGUUAACCAAACAAUUAAUCAACACCAUGUUACAAUUGAGGAACAGUUUAAUACAACUAUUGAAGCUUGUAUGCCGGAGUGCUUCACAGGUGUCAACCUCUAUGUGUCUAUACCAACUCACAAUGGUGUGCCCAAAUUGACUGUGGAUGAUGCGUAUGUGACGUUCAUUGGUUCUGAACUUUACCAUACCACACUCUUUAAAGGGGAUGCUCUGGCUACUGCUGAGAAUAUUACUGUAACUUCUGAUGGAUCCAUGGUGAGAUUUUUCUUCGGUCCCGAAGUUUUAGUGCCUAAGGACAAUAUUUUGAUUGCGGAUGAGCAAUGUUUUGAGAUUGGGCUUCUCUGCACUGUCGUAAAUACCCCAGUCUUCCAUGGCGACACUUUUCACUACUCUGCAUACGUGGAGACAGAUUUUGGGAUUAGGACAAGCACACAGAGAAAUACUCUGAAGGUUGUGGAGCCUGAUUUGAUAACAAUUCCAUCUUCAAUUUCUGGUAUCCAUGAUGCUGGAGACACUGUGACUUCAGUCAUCGUUGUGAAGCACUCUUCUGUGACUCCCCUCACAUGUGGUUUCAGACUCAAUCUGACAGUGACCUACCCAACUGAGUACUUGUACCUGAACGAUAGUGACAUUAAUUCAACUGUACUCAUACUGAAUGGAGAAACUCGACUUUACUCAGUUUCACUGGACGUAGCUGCUGGUAUGGUGGUAUUUAGUACUGAUGAACUGCAAACAAAUGACAAUCUCGAAGUAACUACCAUUUUCAAACUGACACAAAGUAUUGUUAAUAGCCAGAAGUAUACUAUAGACCAUGUACUUGACUGGCAUAACCUGCCAUAUGAAUUGCCGGCUGAGGGUAGGUACUACAACACCAGUGGGAAACAGAUUGUACAGAUUGCAAAAUCCCAGCUAUUUCUCUCUUACGACACCUCCAAUGAGGACUCAUUGACGAGUGACAUACAGCUACAGGAAUUUAUCUACCUCAACGUGACUGUCAUACCUCCAGAGGGUAUAUCACCUCUCACGAUAGAGUUGAGCCAUGUGAAUAUCUCUAGUGGCAACUACCCUUUCAAUAUCACCUAUGGAGAGGUGCUGCACAUUGGUAGCCAUAUCACCAAUACCUCAGUUGCUCUUGGAGACAGCUUGCUUAGCUCUUUGGAUAUUUCUAUCACAGGAAUCUCGGCCAUCACUUUCAGUUUGGGAGAGAGUGUUGUCAAUGUCUAUGACAACAUUGUGUCUGAAGAGGAUGAGAUUUUAUUGUACGUUGAGGGCUACAUGUCUAUCUAUGGAAGUGGCCGUAGCAACCAAGAUGUCACUUUGAAGGGUCAGAUUGUUCAAGAACCCUUAACCAAUGAUGAUACCACACUGAGACUAGUUCACCCUCAACUGCAGGUGGACGGUUUGGUUGCUCCGCCAGGACCCUGGGAUGCUGGUGAUCUUCUAAAUCUCACUGUGUUUGUUCGUCACAUGGUACCAUCAGAUGCAUAUGCUGCUUAUGAUCUGAAACUGACAGUGGAGCUAGACAGUGGUCCAUUACUCAAUGGCCUCACUCUCCUCAAUUCCUCUACUGUCAUUGGGGAAUCUUGCAAUGCAUCUCUCUCCAAGAUCAGCUUGUCGGAGCUGAUCAUCUCAAAGCUUCUGAAUGGUUGUACUGCAGAACUUCACUUGGAUACUAUACUCUCUGACUCUGAAGUGGCUACUAGCAAUAGCAUCUCCAUAGUGUUCAGACUGACUGAGUACUACGCUGUUCCAGUAACCCGAGCAAUACUGUUUAGACAAAACUACGGACCUCUUUCUGUACAUGUAGAUGAGUUGGAUUUGUUCAUGGUUCAGCAAGCACUGUCUGUAAGUUUCAUCAGUAGCUCACCAAGCUCAUCAAACCACACUAUCAAUGGAGGGGAAAUAAUAACAGUCAAUUUGGGUUUAGCUGUAACGGACUCACUGGCAUUUGAAAAUGUAACUCUUGCGUACAAUCUAAUACAUCCUGCAUUGAGAUUUGUUUCCGAAAACACGACAUCUUCUAAUCCUAACACCACUGUCACCUCUCCAAUAACUUCUGGUGACGAUCAUCAUAGUUUUCUUCUCACAAGCUCUUUCACACCACUUGUAUCGGUUUCGUCCUUAGUCCAAGGUGAUAAUGUAACGGUGAACCUGCACUUCCAAGUGCAGCCGUAUGUGCUACCACAGUCAACCUUGUACGUAUCUCUCCAUGUAUUCUAUCAUCAUUCAGCAUUUCCAAGCUAUAGUCUGAAUCAGAGCAUCCAUCAGCUGAGAAAUUACACUGUCUCUGAAGUGACGGUUGGAAAUGUCACAAUCGAUCUGCCUUAUUACGAUUUUCAGAAUUAUGAACCAGACACGUUUCCGUCACAAAAAGGAGAUAUUUUCAUUGUAAAAAUACCAAUCGUAUUGCCUUGUGUUUCAACUGAUCUCACACUAAACAUUUUGUUACCAGAGUUUUGGUCGGAUUUCUUCACUAGAUAUAAUGUUACUGUAACUAACGUGACAUUAGUGGCUCCUUCCAACUUAAUGUCAAUUCCUCAUCUUUGCGACUACACUGACCUAAAUGCAAGCAGAUGUGAUUUCGAUGAGCUCUCAGGAACUGGACCAGUAACACUGAUGACUUAUUUUCUUGAGCAGUGGGCAGUGGGGGAUGACAAUAUUACCGUAACAACUGGUCCACUCAUGUACAAUAUCACCACUGGCUCAAUUUGUGCUAGUACAAGUCCACCAAGUACCUGCAACUGUAUUGAUGAGGAAAUUCAGAUAUUUCUCACAGUGCUCGUUCUAACUGACAUGAUUUGUGAGAACCAGACUAUAUCAGACAAUAUCACGACCACUCUAAAUCACACCGCAGACAUGACAACAUGGCUAUCACCGACACCUACCCACACAGAGCCGACAAUAAUUCAAUAUCAGGACGUUUUCUCGUUUCUACAUGCUGUCAAUGCGAGUACCCCGGCCAUUAGUCUUCCCAUAAGCUCUCAUAGAGGAGAUGCAGGUGACCCUUUCACAGUAACCUUUGGUGUUGGACAUAAUGGCGAGUAUUCAAAGUUCACGGCUUAUGAUUUGAACUAUACUUUCAGUAUUGAUACGCGGCUUGAUCCAGAGGAGAAGAUUACGAUAUGCUUCUUUGAUGUGCGCACUGAUCCAAUUAUGUGUGAACAAGUUCCAUUCGUUGAUUAUACCAUUGUGCGAGAAGGAUUCCAUGAAAUUUUCACACUCCACGUCCAUCGUGUUGAGCUCACGCUGAACGUGGCAGUCAUUCAAGAGGUUGCUCCGGGUAUCAGUUUCUGUAAUCCAGGAGACACUAUCUUUGAAGCACUACCAGACAAUUAUACGCUGAACAUUUCCCCUCUAGUUUGCACCAACUCAUCUUGUGGUAGUGUCAAGAUUGAUCCAGUGAUCCUCUAUCCCUGGGUAGUGCAUUGGAGUAAUGUACCAUGUACAGCUACAGAGGACAUAGUUAACCAAACAAUUAAUCAACACCAUGUUACAAUUGAGGAACAGUUUAAUACAACUAUUGAAGCUUGUAUGCCGGAGUGCUUCACAGGUGUCAACCUCUAUGUGUCUAUACCAACUCACAAUGGUGUGCCCAAAUUGACUGUGGAUGAUGCGUAUGUGACGUUUAUUGGUUCUGAACUUUACCAUACCACACUCUUUAAAGGGGAUGCUCUGGCUACUGCUGAGAAUAUCACUGUAACUUCUGAUGGAUCCAUGGUGAGAUUUUUCUUCGGUCCCGAAGUUUUAGUACCUAAGGACAAUAUUUUGAUUGCGGAUGAGCAAUGUUUUGAGAUUGGGCUUCUCUGCACUGUCGUAAACACCCCAGUCUUCCAUGGCGACACUUUUCACUACUCUGCAUACGUGGAGACAGAUUUUGGGAUUAGGACAAGCACACGGAGAAAUACUCUGAAGGUGGUGGAGCCUGAUUUGAUAACAAUUCCAUCUUCAAUUCCUGGUAUCCAUGAUGCUGGAGACAUUGUGACUUCAGUCAUGGUUGUGAAGCACUCUUCUGUGACUCCCCUCACAUGUGGUUUCAGACUCAAUCUGACAGUGACCUACCCAACUGAGUACUUGUACCUGAACGAUAGUGACAUUAACUCAACUGUACUCAUACUGAAUGGAGAAACUCGACUUUACUCAGUUUCACUGGACGUAGCUGCUGGUACGGUGGUAUUUAGUACUGAUGAACUGCAAACAAACGACAAUCUCGAAGUAACUACCAUUUUCAAACUGACACAAAGUGUUGCUAAUAGCCACCAGUAUACUAUAGACCAUGUACUUGACUGGCAUAACCUGCCAUAUGAACUGCCGGCUGCUGGUAGGUACUACAACACCAGUGGGAAACAGAUUGUACAGAUUGCAAAAUCCCAGCUAUUUCUCUCUUACGACACAUCCAAUAAGGACACGUUGACGAGUGACAUACAGCUACAGGAAUUUAUCUACCUCAACGUGACUGUCAUACCUCCAGAGGGUAUAUCACCUCUCACGAUAGAGUUGAGCCAUGUGAAUAUCUCUAGUGGCAACUACCCUUUCAAUAUCACCUAUGGAGAGGUGCUGCACAUUGGUAGCCAUAUCACCAAUACCUCAGUUGCUCUUGGAGAUAGCUUGCUUAGCUCUUUGGAUAUUUCUAUCACAGGAAUCUCGGCCAUCACUUUCAGUUUGGGAGACGGUGUUGUCAAUGUCUAUGACAACAUUGUGUCUGAAGAGGAUGAGAUUUUGUUGUACGUUGAGGGCUACAUGUCUAUCGAUGGAAGUGGCCGUAGCAACCAAGAUGUCACUUUGAAGGGUCAGAUUGUUCAAGAACCCUUAACCAAUGAUGAUACCACACUGAGACUAGUUCACCCUCAACUGCAGGUGGAUGGUUUGGUUGCUCCGCCAGGACCCUGGGAUGCUGGUGAUCUUCUAAAUCUCACUGUGUUUGUUCGUCACAUGGUACCAUCAGAUGCAUAUGCUGCUUAUUAUCUGAAACUGACAGUGGAGCUAGACAGUGGUCCAUUACUCAAUGGCCUCACUCUCCUCAAUUCCUCCACUGUCAUUGGGGAAUCUUGCAAUGCAUCUCUCUCCAAGAUCAGCUCGUCGGAGCUGAUCAUCUCAAAGCUUCUGAAUGGUUGUACUGCAGAACUUCAGUUGGAUACUAUACUCUCUGACUCUGAAGUGGCUACUAGCAAUAGCAUCUCCGUCGUAUUCACUCUGACUGAGUACUACGCUGUUCCAGUAACCCAAGCAAUACUGUUUAGACAAAACUACGGACCUCUUUCUGUACAUGUAGAUGAGUUGGAUUUGUUCAUUGUUCAGCAAGCACUGUCUGUAAGUUUCAUCAGUAGCUCACCAAGCUCAUCAAACCACACUAUCAAUGGAGGGGAAAUAAUAACAGUCAAUUUGGGUUUAGCUGUAACGGACUCACUGGCAUUUGAAAAUGUAACUCUUGCGUACAAUCUAAUACAUCCUGCAUUGAGAUUUGUUUCCGAAAACACGACAUCUUCUAAUCCUAACACCACUGUCACCUCUCCAAUAACUUCUGGUGACGAUCAUCAUAGUCUUCUUCUCACAAACUCUUUCACACCACUUGUAUUGGUUUCGUCCUUGGUCCAAGGUGAUGAUGUAACGGUGAACCUGCACUUCCAAGUGCAGCCGUAUGUGCUACCACAGUCAACCUUGUACGUAUCUCUCCAUGUAUUCUAUCAUCAUUCAGCAUUUCCAAGCUAUAAUCUGAAUCAGAGCAUCCAUCAGUUGAGAAAUUACACUGUCUCUGAAGUGACGGUUGGAAACGUCACAAUCGAUCUGCCUUAUUACGAUUUUCAGAAUUAUGAACCAGACACGUUUCCGUCACAGGAAGGAGAUAUUUUCAUUGUAAAAAUCCCAAUCGUAUUGCCUUGUGUUUCAACUGAUCUCACGCUAAACAUUUUGUUACCAGAGUUUUGGUCGGAUUUCUUCACUAGAUAUAAUGUUACUGUAACUAACGUGACUUUAGUGGCUCCUUCCAACUUAAUGUCAAUUCCUCAUCUUUGCGACUACACUGACCUAAAUGCAAGCAGGUGUGAUUUCGAUGAGCUCUCAGGAACUGGACCAGUAACACUGAUGACUUAUUUUCUUGAGCAGUGGGCAGUGGGGGAUGACAAUAUUACCGUAACAACUGGUCCACUCAUGUACAAUAUCACCACUGGCUCAAUUUGUGCUGGUACAAGUCCACCAAGUACCUGCAACUGUAUUGAUGAGGAAAUUCAGAUAUUUCUCACAGUGCUCGUUCUAACUGACAUGAUUUGUGAGAACCAGACUAUAUCAGACAAUAUCACGACCACUCUAAAUCACACCGCAGACAUGACAACAUGGCUAUCACCGACACCUACCCACACAGAGCCGACAAUAAUUCAAUACCAGGACGUUUUCUCGUUUCUACAUGCUGUCAAUGCGAGUACCCCAGCCAUUAGUCUUCCCAUAAGCUCUCAUAGAGGAGAUGCAGGUGACCCGUUCACAGUAACCUUUGGUGUUGGACAUAAUGGCGAGUAUUCAAAGUUCAUGGCCUACGAUUUGAACUAUACUUUCAGUAUUGAUACGCGGCUUGAUCCAGAGGAGAAGAUUUUGAUAUGCUUCUUUGAUGUGCGCACUGAUCCAAUUAUGUGUGAAGAAGUUCCAUUCGUUGAUUAUACCAUUGUGCGAGAAGGAUUCCAUGAAAUUUUUACUCUCCACGUCCAUCGUGUUGAGCUCACACUGAAUGUGACAGUCAUUCAAGAGGUUGCUCCGGGUAUUAGCUUCUGUAAUCCAGGAGACACUAUCUUUGAAGCACUACCAGACAAUUAUACGCUGAACAUUUCCCCUCUAGUUUGCACCAACUCAUCUUGUGGUAGUGUCAAGAUUGAUCCAGUGAUCCUCUAUCCCUGGGUAGUGCAUUGGAGUAAUGUACCAUGUACAGCUACAGAGGACAUAGUUAACCAAACAAUUAAUCAACACCAUGUUACAAUUGAGGAACAAUUUAAUACAACUAUUGAAGCUUGUAUGCCGGAGUGCUUCACAGGUGUCAACCUCUAUGUGUCUAUACCAACUCACAAUGGUGUGCCCAAAUUGACUGUGGAUGAUGCGUAUGUGACGUUUAUUGGUUCUGAACUUUACCAUACCACACUCUUUAAAGGGGAUGCUCUGGCUACUGCUGAUAAUAUCACUGUAAGUCCUGAUGGAUCCAUGGUGAGGUUUUUCUUCGGUCCCGAAGUUUUAGUGCCUAAGGACAAUAUUUUGAUUGCGGAUGAGCAAUGUUUUGAGAUUGGGCUUCUCUGCACUGUCGUAAACACCCCAGUCUUCCAUGGCGAUACUUUUCACUACUCUGCAUACGUGGAGACAGAUUUUGGGAUUAGGACAAGCACACGGAGAAAUACUCUGAAGGUGGUGGAGCCUGAUUUGAUAACAAUUCCAUCUUCAAUUCCUGGUAUCCAUGAUGCUGGAGACACUGUGACUUCAGUUAUUGUUGUGGAGCACUCUUCUCUGACUCCCCUCACAUGUGGUUUCAGACUCAAUCUGACAGUGACCUACCCAACUGAGUACUUGUACUUGAACGAUAGUGACAUUAACUCAACAGUACUCAUACUGAAUGGAGAAACUCGGCUUUACUCAGUUUCACUGGAUGUAGCUGCUGGUACGGUGGUAUUUAGUACUGAUGAACUGCAAACAAAGGACAAUCUCGAAGUAACUACCAUUUUCAAACUUGCACAAAGUGUUGCUAAUAGCCAGCAGUAUACUAUAGACCAUGUACUUGACUGGCAUAACCUGCCAUAUGAACUGCCGGCUGAGGGUAGGUACUACAACACCAGUGGGAAACAGAUUGUACAGAUUGCAAAAUCCCAGCUCUUUCUCUCUUACGACACAUCCAAUGAGGACACGUUAACGAGUGACAUACAGCUACAGGAAUUUAUCUAUCUCAACGUGACUGUCAUACCACCAGAGGGUAUAUCACCUCUCACGGUAGAGUUGAGUCAUGUGAUUCUCUCUAGUGGCAACUACCCUUUCAAUAUCACCAAUGGAGAGGUGCUGCACAUUGGUAGCCAUAUCACCAAUACCUCAGUUGCUCUUGGAGACAGCUUGCUUAGCUCUUUGGAUAUUUCUAUCACAGGAAUCUCGGUCAUCACCUUCAGUUUGGGAGAGAGUGUUGUCAAUGUCUAUGACAACAUUGUAUCUGAAGAGGAUGAGAUUUUAUUGUACGUUGAGGGCUAUAUGUCUAACGAUGGAAGUGGCCGUAGCAACCAAGAUGUCACCUUGAAGGGUCAGAUUGUUCAAGAACCCUUAACCAAUGAUGAUGCCAUACUGAGACUAGUUCACCCUCAACUGCAGGUGGAUGGUUUGGUUGCUCCGCCUGAAUCCUGGGAUGCUGGUGACGUUCUAAAUCUCUCUGUGAUUGUUCGUCACAUGGUACCAUCAGAUGCAUAUGCUGCUUAUGAUCUGAAGCUGACGGUGGAGCUAGACAGUGGUCCGUUACUCAAUGGCCUCACUCUCCUCAAUUCCUCCACUGUCAUUGGGGAAUCUUGCAAUGCAUCUCUCUCCAAGAUCAGCUCGUCGGAGCUGAUCAUCUCAAAGCUUCUGAAUGGUUGUACAGCAGAACUUCACUUGGAUACUAUACUCUCUGACUCUGAAGUGGUUGCUGGCAAUACUAUUUCCAUAGUGUUCAGACUGACUGAGUACUACGCUGUUCCAGUAACCCAAGCAAUACUGUUUAGACAAAACUACGGACCUCUUUCUGUACUUGUAGAUGAGUUGGAAGUGAUCAUUGUUCAGCCAAACAUCAGUUUAUUAACUGAAGCACUGUCUGUCAGUUUCAUCAGUAGCUCACCAAGCUCACAAAACCACACUAUCAAUGGAGGGGAAAUAAUAACAGUCAAUUUGGGAUUAGCUGUAACAGACUUAAUGGCAUUUGAACGUGUAACUCUUGCGUACAAUCUAAUACAUCCUGCAUUGAGAUUUGUUUCCGAAAACACGACAUCUUCUAAUCCUGACAUCACUGUCACCUCUCCAAUAACUAUUGGUGACGAUCAUCAUAGUCUUCUCACAAGCUCUUUCACACCACUUGUAUUGGUUUCGUCCUUGGUCCAAGGUGAUGAUGUAACGGUGAACCUGCACUUCCAAGUGCAGCCGUAUGUGCUACCACAGUCAACCUUGUACGUAUCUCUCCAUGUAUUCUAUCAUCAUUCAACAUUUCCAAGCUAUAGUCUGAAUCAGAGCAUCCAUCAGCUGAGAAAUUACACUGUCUCUGAAGUGACGGUCGGAAAUAUCACAAUCGAUCUGCCUUAUUACGACCCUCAGAACUAUGAACCAGACACGUUUCCGUCACAGGAAGGAGAUAUUUUCACUGUAAAAAUUCCAAUCUUUUUACCUUGUGUUUCAACUGAUCUCACGCUAAACAUUUUGUUACCAGAGUUUUGGUCGGAUUUCUUCACUAGAUAUAAUGUUACUGUAACUAACGUGACUUUAGUGGCUCCUUCCAACUUAAUGUCAAUUCCUCAUCUUUGCGACUACACAGACCUUGAUGCAAGCCUGUGUGAUUUUGAUGAGCUCUCAGGAACUGGACCAGUAACACUGAUGACUUAUUUUCUUGAGCAGUGGGCAGUGGGGGAUGACAAUAUUACCGUAACAACUGGUCCACUCAUGUACAAUAUCACCACUGGCUCAAUUUGUGCUGGUACAAGUCCACCAAGUACCUGCAACUGCAUUGAUGAGGAAAUUCAGAUAUUUCUCACAGUGCUCGUUCUAACUGACAUGAUUUGUGAGAACCAGACUAUAUCAGACAAUAUCACGACCACUCUAAACCACACCGCAGACAUGACAACAUGGCUAUCACCGACUCCUACCCACACAGAGCCGACAAUAAUUCAAUAUCAGGACGUGUUCUCGUUUCUACAUGCUGUCAAUGCGAGUACCCCGGCCAUUAGUCUUCCCAUAAGCUCUCAUAGAGGAGAUGCAGGUGACCCUUUCACAGUAACCUUUGGUGUUGGACAUAAUGGCGAGUAUUCAAAGUUCACGGCUUAUGAUUUGAACUAUACUUUCAGUAUUGAUACGAGGCUUGACCCAGAGGAGAACAUUUCAAUAUGCUUCUUUGAUAUACGCACUGAUCCAAUUAUGUGUGAAGAAGUUCCAUUCGUUGAUUAUACCAUUGUCCGAGAAGGAUUCCAUGAAAUUUUCACUCUCCACGUCCAUCAUGUUGAGCUCACGCUGAACGUGACAGUUAUUCAAGAGGUUGCUCCGGGUAUCAGCUUCUGUAAUCCAGGAGACACUAUCUUUGAAGCACUACCAGACAAUUAUACGCUGAACAUUUCCCCUCUAGUUUGCACCAACUCAUCUUGUGGUAGUGUCAAGAUUGACCCAGUGAUCCUCUAUCCCUGGGUAGUCCAUUGGAGUAAUGUACCAUGUACAGCUACAGAGGACAUAGUUAACCAAACAAUUAAUCAACACCAUGUUACAAUUGAGGAACAGUUUAAUACAACUAUUGAAGCUUGUAUGCCGGAGUGCUUCACAGGUGUCAACCUCUAUGUGUCUAUACCAACUCACAAUGGUGUGCCCAAAUUGACUGUGGAUGAUGCGUAUGUGACGUUUAUUGGUUCUGAACUUUACCAUACCACACUCUUUAAAGGGGAUGCUCUGGCUACUGCUGAUAAUAUCACUGUAAGUCCUGAUGGAUCCAUGGUGAGGUUUUUCUUCGGUCCUGAAGUUUUAGUGCCUAAGGACAAUAUUUUGAUUGCCGAUGAACAAUGUUUUGAAAUUGGGCUUCUCUGCACUGUCGCAAACACCCCAGUCUUCCAUAGCGAUACUUUUCACUACUCUGCAUACGUGGAGACAGAUUUUGGAAUUAGGACAAGCACACAGAGAAAUACUCUGAAGGUGGUGGAGCCUGAUUUGAUAACAAUUCCAUCUUCAAUUCCUGGUAUCCAUGAUGCUGGAGACACUGUGACUUCAGUCAUCGUUGUGGAGCACUCUUCUGUGACUCCCCUCACAUGUGGUUUCAGACUCAAUCUGACAGUGACCUACCCAACUGACUACUUGUACGUGAACGAUAGUGACAUUAACUCAACUGUACUCAUACUGAAUGGAGAAACUCGGCUUUACUCAGUUUCAUUGGAUGUAUCUGCUGGUACGGUGGUAUUUAGUACUGAUGAACUGCAAACAAAUGACAAUCUUGAAGUAACUACCAUUUUCAAACUGACACAAAGUGUUGUUAAUAGCCAGAAGUAUACUAUAGACCAUGUACUUGACUGGCAUAACCUGCCAUAUGAACUGCCGGCUGAGGGUAGGUACUACAACACCAGUGGGAAACAGGUUGUACAGGUUGCAAAAUCCCAGCUCUUUCUCUCUUACGACACCUCCAAUGAGGACACAUUGACGAGUGACAUACAGCUACAGGAAUUUAUCUACCUAAACGUGACUGUCAUACCUCCAGAGGGUGUAUCACCUCUCACGGUAGAGUUGAGUCAUGUGAAUAUCUCUAGUGGCAACUACCCUUUCAAUAUCACCUAUGGAGAAGUGCUGAAAAUUGGUAGCCAUAUCACCAAUACCUCAGUUGCUCUUGGAGACAACUUGCUGAGCUCUUUAGAUAUAUCUAUCAUGGGAAUCUCGGCCAUCACCUUCAGUUUGGGAGAGAGUGUUGUUAAUGUCUAUGACAAUAUUGUGUCUGAAGAGGAUGAGAUUGUAUUGUACGUUGAGGGCUACAUGUCUAACGAUGGAAGUGGCCGUAGCGACCAAGAUGUCACCUUGAGGGGUCAGAUUGUUCAAGAACCCUUAACCAAUGAAGAUACCACACUGAGACUAGUUCACCCUCAACUGAAGGUGGACGGUUUUGCUGCUCCGCCAGGACCCUGGGAUGCUGGUGACCUUCUAAAUCUCAUUGUGUUUGUUCGUCACAUGGUACCAUCAGAUGCAUAUGCUGCUUAUGAUCUGAAGCUGACGGUGGAGCUAGACAGUGGUCCAUUACUCAAUGGCCUCACUCUCCUCCAAUCCUCUACUGUCAUUGGGGAAUCUUGCAAUGCAUCUCUCUCCAUGAUUAGCCCUUCGGAGCUGAUCAUCUCAAAGCUUCUGAUUAAUUGCACUGCAGAACUUCACUUGGAUACUAUACUCUCUGACUCUGAAGUGGUUGCUGGCAAUACUAUUUCCAUAGUGUUCAGACUGACUGAGUACUACGCUGUUUCAGUAACCCAAGCAAUACUGUUUAGACAAAACUACGGACCUCUUUCUGUUGAGCAAUCUGAGCCUUCCAAGACCCCCUCCCAAGUGUUCGAGUCGAAUGUCUCUCAUCCUCUCAACUACGUUUCCCCAUUCCAAACCAUUGAGUUCACACUCACUCUAACUGUGCCUGAAGGAGAGACUCAAGAUGUCUCCAUUUCCUUUAAUACCACCAUCACUCCACCAGGCGAUCCCAAUGGUGUCAACUUUACACUAACACUGCAGAGUAUAGUCAUACAUCCCACAGCAAGCCAGACUACACUACCAUUCUUGGGAGAUAUAUUCAACCCAUUUGACAAUCUUGCCUCAGUCGAUGACACUGUUGUAUUAGUGCUCACACUGGAUGUGCCAAGUGGCUCAAGUAUUCCCUUCACAAUAUUUGCCAUGACUAUGUACAACACUUCCUCUGGAGAGAUGCAACUGGUAGAUGAGUUAGAUUUUUUCAUUGUCCUACCUGACAUUAAUGUGACAACUGAAGCACUCUCCGUAAGAUUAUCCAGGAUAGUGAACACAGAAUUGAUCAACUUUGACCUUUGGAUAGAGCGUGUGGAUAGUACCUUUCCUGACUAUGACAUAAUUAUUGAAGUUUCUCUGGAGCUGCCAUCUGAAACGAUUCUGAAUUCGACGCUUGACAAUCUGUCUGUUAGUGUGAAGAGUGUUGCAGGAAGUGAGGUUUCUGUGCUGCUUAAUCGUUCUGUGCUUAGCUAUGUCAACAGUACCAGCAUGCAACUGCUCCACUUUGAAGGACACUUCUUACCGAAUGUUCCUGAUGGACAAGUGAUAAAACUGAAUGGAUCAGUUAUGUUCGUUGUGGAUCCUUACACAUUCACUGACUAUGUAGAGUAUUUCACAUUCCCUGAUUUGUACUUCAUAAGACCCACGAUUGAAGCAGAAAGUUUGACAUUCAACUCAUUUAACGAAGGUUCCGAAGUAGUGAUUUGGGAGCUGAUACUGAUAAACAAUGCUGGGUCACCGUUUGAUCUUACAGUAGACAUUGAUGUAGACACAGAUGUACUUCAUCUUUUGUUUGUGGAUGUUCAAAGUGUAGGGGAAGGUCUGGACUUUGUUGCACCAGUUCUCAUGGCUAACACAACUUUCCAAGCUCAAGUGGUGUUCCAAAAUCUCUCCUCAGUGCUAAAUGGCAGUAAUAGGGUCUGCACAGAGUGCCCAUCAGAAAUUAUCAUGUUAAUCCAUACAGUACUCAUCAACGAAGUUGGUGAUCGUAGUUCACUUGUGAAUGCAACUGGCCGCUAUGCUGGUCAGACAGUUGAGGCAGAGUCGAUGAAUACAGGCAUUAAGACAAGCUACAGUACAAACAAUCCAGACACCAGGCAUGGUUUUCUCCAGGUUGGGGAAACAAUGACUGUGAACAUUACAAUAACACAACCAGAAAAUGUCUUGUCCAACCUGACUUUGAACCUGACCAUGACCCAAACUCUACCUCUGGACUACCCAAUGAUUGUGUCCACAGUGACGAUAGUGCACAUUGGUACUAAAAUCGAAAACACAGUGCUGGCUGUGGGUGACUCUGAAUCAUCACCACACAUUACCCUAGUCUCAAAUAAUGCUGUGACUGUUUAUCUGGGAGAGGUGCUCAAUAGAGGGGAUGGGAUGAGAAAUGAAGAUGAUCAGGUGGUGGUCAGCAUCACUGCCUUUGCUCAGACCAUAGGCAACGAUCUGCGUAACCAAAUUGUCACUCUGCACUGCUUCCUUGAAGAGGAGCCAUUCGUCCAGGAUAGUACAAUACUACAACUCAUACAUCCACAACUUGAUUUAACCCUGGCCGAUGUAGGCCCCUCUAGUCCAUCGGACGAAGGGGACUUAAUCACCUUCAAACUUGAAUUACAUCAUCAGGUUGCAUUCCCCAGUGCCUCGGCUUAUGAUCUUCAGUUCUCUAUAACAACAGAUCAUGGAGCACUGACAAGCCUCGUUAUAGACUCAGCAAUCACUACCGGCUCCUCUUGUCUCAUUGAGUCACUGUCAUGCUCUGUGAUCAUUACAUCUAUGUUCAAUUGUAGCUCUCUUCCUACUGACUGUGCUGCAAGUGUUGUUAUGUCAGGAGAGCUUCCAAUGGGUGUGGUGGCUGGAAAUAACAUUACCAUUGAAACUACCUUACAGUACGACAGUAACCCGUUCUCAGCUCCUCACACUGGUGUGAUGUACACACCUCUCGACGCCCAUUUCAUUGAGAGUGUCAAAGUGCCGACACAAGUGUUCGAGUCGAAUGUCUCUCAUCCUCUCAACUACGUUGCCCCAUUCCAAACCAUUGAGUUCACACUCACUCUAACUGUGCCUGAAGGAGAGACUCAAGAUGUCUCCAUUUCCUUUAAUACCACCAUCACUCCACCAGGAAACCUCACACUAACACUGCAGAGCAUAGUCAUACAUCCCACAGCAAGCCAGACUACACUCCCAUUCUUGGGAGAUAUAUUCAACCCAUUUGACAACAUUGCCUCAAUUAAUGACACUGUUGUAUUAGUGCUCACACUGGAUGUGCCAAGUGGCUCAAAUAUUCCCUUCACAAUAUUUGCCGUGACAAUGUACAACACUUCCUCUGGAGAGAUGCAACUGAUAAAUGAGUUGAAUUUUUUCAUUGUCCAACCUGACAUCAGUGUGACAACUGAAGCACUCUCUGUAAGAUUAUCCAGGAUAGUGAACACGGAAGUGAUCAACUUUGACCUUUGGAUAGAGCGUGUGGAUAGUACCUUUCCUGACUAUGAUAUCACUAUUGACGUUUCUCUGGAGCUGCCACCUGAAACGAUUCUGAAUUCGACGCUUGACAAUCUGUCUGUUAGUAUGAAGAGUGUUGCAGGAAGUGAGGUUUCUGUGCUGCUUAAUCGUUCUGUGCUUAGCUAUGUCAACAGUACCAGCAUGCAACUGCUCCACUUUGAAGGACACUUCUUACCGAGUGUUACUGAUGGACACGUGAUAAAACUGAAUGGAUCAGUUACGUUCAUUGUGGAUCCUUACACAUUCACAGACUAUGUAGAGUAUUUCACAUUCCCUGAUUUGUACUUCAUAAGACCCACGAUUGAAGCAGAAAGUUUGACAUUCAACUCAUUUAACGAAGGUUCUGAAGUAGUGAUUUGGGAGCUGACACUGACAAACAUUGCUGGUUCACCAUUUGAUCUUACAGUAGACAUUUAUGUAGACACAGAUGUACUUCAUCUUUUGUUUGUGGAUGUUCAAAGUGUAGGGGGAGGUCUUGACUUUGUUGCACCAGUUCUCAUGGAUAACACAACUUUCCAAGCUCAAUUGGUGUUCCAGAAUCUCACCUCAGUGCUGAGUGGCGAUAGUGGGGUCUGCUCAGCGUGCUCAAGAGAGAUUGUCAUGUUAAUCCAUACAGUACUCAUCAAUGAAGUUGGUGAUCGUAGUUCACUUGUGAAUGCAACUGGUCGCUAUGCUAGUCAGACAGUUAUGGCAGAGUCAAGGAAUACAGGCAUUGAGACAAGCUACAGUACAAAUAAUCCAGACACAAGGCAUGGUUUUUUCCAAGUUGGGGAAACAGGGACUGUGAACAUUACAAUCACACAACCAGAAAAUAUCUUGUCCAACCUGACUUUGAACCUGACCAUGACCCAAACCCUACCUCUGGACUACCCAAUGAUUGUGUCCACAGUGACGGUAGUACACAUUGGUACUAAUAUCGAAAACACAGUGCUGGCUGUGGGUGACUCUGAAUCAUCACCACACAUUACUCUAGUCUCAAAUAAUGCUAUAACUGUUUAUCUGGGAGAGGUGCUCAACAUAGGGGAUGGGAUGAUGAAUGAAGAUGAUCAGGUGGUGGUCAGCAUCACUGCCUUUGCUCAGACCACAGGCAACGAUCUGCGUAGCCAAAUUGUCACGCUGUACAGCUUCCUUGAAGAGGAGCCAUUCGUUCAGGAUAGUACAAUACUGCAGCUCAUACAUCCACAAGUUCAGUUAUCCCUAGCCGAUUUAGGCCCCCCUGGUUCAUCGGAUGAAGGAGACUUAAUCACCUUCAAACUUCAAUUACAUCAUCAGGUUGCAUUCCCCAGUGCCUCGGCUUACAAUCUUCAGUUCUCUAUAACUACUGAUCAUGGAGCACUGACAAGCCUCGUUAUAGACUCAGCAAUCACUACUGGCUCCUCUUGUCUCAUUGGGUCACUGUCAUGCUCUGCGAUCAAUACAUCUAUGUUCAGUUGUAGCUCUCUUCCUACCGACUGUGCUGCAAGUGUUGUUAUGUCAGCAGAGCUUCCAAUGGGUGUGGUGGCUGGAAAUAACAUUACCAUUGAAACUACCUUACAGUACGACAGUAACCCUUUCUCAGCUCCUCACACUGGUGUGAUGUACACACCUCUUGAUGCCCAUUUCAUUGAGAGUGUCAAAGUGCCGACACAAGUGUUCGAGUCGAAUGUCUCUCAUCCUCUCAUUGCCCUGUUUCAAACCAUUGAGUUCACACUUACUCUAACUGUGCCUGAAGGAGAGACUCAAGAUGUCUCCAUUUCCUUUAAUACCACCAUCACUCCACCAGGCGAUCCCAAUGGUGUCAACUUGACACUAACACUGCAGAGUAUAGUCAUACAUCCCACAGCAAGCCAGACUACACUACCAUUCUUGGGAAAUAUAUUCAACCCAUUUGACAACAUUGCCUCAGUCAAUGACACUGUUGUAUUAGUGCUCACACUGGAUGUGCCAAGUGGCUUAAGUAUUCCCUUCACGAUAUUUGCUGUGACAACGUAUAACACUUCCUCUGGAGAGAUGCAACUUGUAAAUGAGUUGGAAUUUUUCAUUGUCCAACCUGACAUCAGUGUGACAACUGAAGCACUCUCUGUAAGAUUAUCCAGGAUAGUAAACACGGAAGUGAUCAACUUUGACCUUUGGAUAGAGCGUGUGGAUAGUACCUUUCCUGACUAUGAUAUCACUAUUGACGUUUCUCUGGAGCUGCCACCUGAAACGAUUCUGAAUUCGACGCUUGACAAUCUGUCUGUUAGUAUGAAGAGUGUUGCAGGAAGUGAGGUUUCUGUGCUGCUUAAUCGUUCUGUGCUUAGCUAUGUCAACAGUACCAGCAUGCAACUGCUCCACUUUGAAGGACACUUCUUACCGAGUGUUACUGAUGGACACGUGAUAAAACUGAAUGGAUCAGUUACGUUCAUUGUGGAUCCUUACACAUUCACAGACUAUGUAGAGUAUUUCACAUUCCCUGAUUUGUACUUCAUAAGACCCACGAUUGAAGCAGAAAGUUUGACAUUCAACUCAUUUAACGAAGGUUCUGAAGUAGUGAUUUGGGAGCUGACACUGACAAACAUUGCUGGUUCACCAUUUGAUCUUACAGUAGACAUUUAUGUAGACACAGAUGUACUUCAUCUUUUGUUUGUGGAUGUUCAAAGUGUAGGGGGAGGUCUUGACUUUGUUGCACCAGUUCUCAUGGAUAACACAACUUUCCAAGCUCAAUUGGUGUUCCAGAAUCUCACCUCAGUGCUGAGUGGCGAUAGUGGGGUCUGCUCAGCGUGCUCAAGAGAGAUUGUCAUGUUAAUCCAUACAGUACUCAUCAAUGAAGUUGGUGAUCGUAGUUCACUUGUGAAUGCAACUGGUCGCUAUGCUAGUCAGACAGUUAUGGCAGAGUCAAGGAAUACAGGCAUUGAGACAAGCUACAGUACAAAUAAUCCAGACACAAGGCAUGGUUUUUUCCAAGUUGGGGAAACAGUGACUGUGAACAUUACAAUCACACAACCAGAAAAUAUCUUGUCCAACCUGACUUUGAACCUGACCAUGACCCAAACCCUACCUCUGGACUACCCAAUGAUUGUGUCCACAGUGACGGUAGUACACAUUGGUACUAAUAUCGAAAACACAGUGCUGGCUGUGGGUGACUCUGAAUCAUCACCACACAUUACUCUAGUCUCAAAUAAUGCUAUAACUGUUUAUCUGGGAGAGGUGCUCAACAUAGGGGAUGGGAUGAUGAAUGAAGAUGAUCAGGUGGUGGUCAGCAUCACUGCCUUUGCUCAGACCACAGGCAACGAUCUGCGUAGCCAAAUUGUCACGCUGUACUGCUUCCUUGAAGAGGAGCCAUUCGUUCAGGAUAGUACAAUACUGCAGCUCAUACAUCCACAAGUUCAGUUAUCCCUAGCCGAUUUAGGCCCCCCUGGUUCAUCGGAUGAAGGAGACUUAAUCACCUUCAAACUUCAAUUACAUCAUCAGGUUGCAUUCCCCAGUGCCUCGGCUUACGAUCUUCAGUUCUCUAUAACUACUGAUCAUGGAGCACUGACAAGCCUCGUUAUAGACUCAGCAAUCACUACUGGCUCCUCUUGUCUCAUUGGGUCACUGUCAUGCUCUGCGAUCAAUACAUCUAUGUUCAGUUGUAGCUCUCUUCCUACCGACUGUGCUGCAAGUGUUGUUAUGUCAGCAGAGCUUCCAAUGGGUGUGGUGGCUGGAAAUAACAUUACCAUUGAAACUACCUUACAGUACGACAGUAACCCAUUCUCAGCUCCUCACACUGGUGUGAUGUACACACCUCUUGAUGCCCAUUUCAUUGAGAGUGUCAAAGUGCCGACACAAGUGUUCGAGUCGAAUGUCUCUCAUCCUCUCAUUGCCCUGCUUCAAACCAUUGAGUUCACACUUACUCUAACUGUGCCUGAAGGAGAGACUCAAGAUGUCUCCAUUUCCUUUAAUACCACCAUCACUCCACCAGGCGAUCCCAAUGGUGUCAACUUGACACUAACACUGCAGAGUAUAGUCAUACAUCCCACAGCAAGCCAGACUACACUACCAUUCUUGGGAAAUAUAUUCAACCCAUUUGACAACAUUGCCUCAGUCAAUGACACUGUUGUAUUAGUGCUCACACUGGAUGUGCCAAGUGGCUUAAGUAUUCCCUUCACGAUAUUUGCUGUGACAACGUAUAACACUUCCUCUGGAGAGAUGCAACUUGUAAAUGAGUUGGAAUUUUUCAUUGUCCAACCUGACAUCAGUGUGACAACUGAAGCACUCUCUGUAAGAUUAUCCAGGAUAGUAAACACGGAAGUGAUCAACUUUGACCUUUGGAUAGAGCGUGUGGAUAGUGCCUUUCCUGACUAUGACAUCGUUAUUGAAGUUUCUCUAGAGUUGCCAUCUGAAACGAUUCUGAAUUCGACGCUUGAUAAUCUGUCUGUUAGUAUGAAGAGUGUUGCAGUUAGUGAAGUUUCUGUGCUGCUUAAUCAUUCUGUGCUUAGCUAUGUCAACAGUACCAGCAUGCAACUGCUCCACUUUGAAGGACACUUCUUACCGAAUGUACCUAAUGGACAAGUGAUAAAACUGAAUGGAUCAGUUAUGUUCGUUGUGGAUCCUUUCACAUUCACUGACUAUGUAGAGUAUUUCACAUUCCCUGAUUUGUACUUCAUAAGACCCACGAUUGAAGUGGAAAGUUUAACAUUCAACUCAUUUAACGAAGGUUCUGAAGUAGUGAUUUGGGAGCUGAUACUGACAAACAUUGCUGGAUCACCGUUUGAUCUUACAGUAGACAUUGAUGUAGACACAAAUGUACUUCACAUUCUGUUUGUGGAUGUUCAAAGUAUAGGGGGAGGUCUUGGCUUUGUUUCACCAGUUCUCAUGACUAACACAACUCCCCAAGCGCAAUUGGUGUUCCAGAAUCUCACCUCAGUGCUAAAUGGCAGUAAUGGGGUCUGCUCAGCGUGCUCAACUGGGAUUGUCAUAUUAAUCCAUACAGUACUCAUCAACGAAGUUGGUGAUCGUAGUUCACUUGUGAAUGCAACUGGUCGCUAUGCUAGUGAGACAGUUAUGAUUGAGUUAAGGAAUACUGGCAUUGAGACACGCUAUAGUACAAACAAUCCAGACACCAGGCACGGUAUUCUCCAGGUUGGGGAAACAAUGACUUUGAACAUUACAAUAACACAACCAGAAAAUGUCUUGUCCAACCUGACUUUGAACCUGACCAUGACCCAAACCCUACCUCUGGACUACCCACUGAUCGUGUCCACAGUGACGAUAGUACACAUUGGUGCUAAAAUCGAAAACACAGUACUGGCCGUGGGUGACUCUGAAUCAUCACCACACAUUACUCUAGUCUCAAAUAAUGCUGUGACUGUUUAUCUGGGAGAGGUGCUCAAUAGAGGGGAUGGGAUGACGAAUGAAGAUGAUCAGGUGGUGGUCAGCAUCACUGCCUUUGCUCAGACCACAGGCAACGAUCUGCGUACCCAGACUGUUACUCUGCGCUGCUUCCUCGAAGAGGAGCCAUUCGUCCAGGAUAGUACAAUACUGCAGCUCAUACAUCCACAACUUGAGUUAACCCUAGCCGAUGUAGGCCCCCCUAGUCCAUCAGACGAAGGGGACUUAAUCACCUUCAAACUUCAAUUACAUCAUCAGGUUGCAUUUCCCGAUGCCUCGGCUUACGAUCUUCAGUUCUCUAUAACAACAGAUCAUGGAGCACUUACAAGCCUCGUUAUAGACUCAGCAAACACUACCGGCUCCUCUUGUCUCAUUGAGUCACUGUCAUGCUCUGUGAUUAAUACAUCUAUGUUCAGUUGUAGCUCUCUUCCUACUGACUGUGCUGCAAGUGUUGUUAUGUCAGCAGAGCUUCCAAUGGGUGUGGUGGCUGGAAAUAACAUUACCAUUGAAACUACCUUACAGUACGACAGUAACCCAUUCUCAGUUCCUCACACUGGUGUGAUGUACACACCUCUCGAGGCCCAUUUCAUUGAGAGUGUCAAAGUGCCGACACAAGUGUUCGAGUCGAAUGUUUCUCAUCCUCUCAACUACGUUGCCCCAUUCCAAACCAUUGAGUUCACACUCACUCUAACUGUGCCUGAAGGAGAGACUCAAGAUGUCUCCAUUUCCUUUAAUACCACCAUCACUCCACCAGGCGAUCCCAAUGGUGUCAACUUUACACUAACACUGCAGAGUAUAGUCAUACAUCCCACAGCAAGCCAGACUACAUCCCCAUAUUUGGGAGAUAUAUUCAACACAUUUGACAACAUUGCCUCAAUUAAUGACACUGUUGUAUUAGUGCUUACAAUGGAUGUGCCAAGUGGCUCAAGUAUUCCCUUUACGAUAUUUGCCAUGACAAUGUACAACACUUCCUCUGGAGAGAUGCAACUGGUAGAUGAAUUGGAUUUUUUCAUUAUCCAACCUGAAAUCAAUGUGACAACUGAAGCACUCUCUGUAAGAUUAUCCAGGAUAGUGAACACAGAAGUGAUCAACUUUGACCUUUGGAUAGAGCGUGUGGAUAGUGCCUUUCCUGACUAUGACAUCGUUAUUGACAUUUCUCUGGAGCUGCCACCUGAAACUAUUCUGAAUUCAACGCUUGAAAAUUUGUCUGUUAGUAUGAAGAGUGUUGCAGGAAGUGAGGUUUCUGUGCUGCUUAAUCGUUCUGUGCUUAGCUAUGUCAACAGUACCAGCAUGCAACUGCUCCACUUUGAAGGACGAUUCUUACCAAAUGCACCUAGUGGACAAGUGAUAAAACUGAAUGGAUCAGUAAUGUUCAUUGUGGAUCCUUACACAUUCACUGACUAUGUAGAGUAUUUCACAUUCCCUGAUAUGUACUUCAUAAGACCCACAAUCGAAGUAAAAAGGUUAUCAUUCAGCUCAUUUAUCGAAGAUUCCAAACUAGUGAUUUGGGAGCUGGUACUGACAAACAUUGCUGGAUCACCGUUUGAUCUUACAGUGGACAUUUAUGUAGACACGGAUGUACUUCAACUUCUGUUUGUGGAUGUUCAAAGUGUAGGGGGAGGUCUUGGCUUUGUUUCACCAGUUCUCAUGGCUAACACAACUUUCCAAGCUGAAUUGGUGUUCCAGAAUCUCACCUCAGUGCUGAGUGGCGGUAGUGGGGUCUGCUCAGAGUGCUCAACAGAGAUUGUCCUGUUUAUUCACACAUCACUCAUCAAUGAUAUUGGCGAUCGUAGUGCACUUGUGACUGCAAGUAGCCACUAUGCUAGCGUGACAGUUAAUAUGAUGGAGUCAAAGAUUACGGACAUUGAGACAAGCUACAGUACAAACAAUCCAGACACCAGGCAUGGUAUUCUCCAGGUUGGGGAAACAAUGACUUUGAACAUUACAAUAACACAACCAGAAACUGUCUCGUCUAACCUGACUUUGAACCUGACCAUGACCCAAACUCUACCUCUGGACUACCCAAUGAUUGUGUCCACAGUGACGGUAGUACACAUUGGUACUAACAUCGAAAACACAGUACUGGCCGUGGGUGACUCUGAAUCAUCACCACACAUUACCCUAGUCUCAAAUAAUGCUGUGACUGUUUAUCUGGGAGAGGUGCUCAAUAGAGGGGAUGGAAUGACAAAUGAAGAUGAUCAGGUGGUGGUCAGCAUCACUGCCUUUGCUCAGACCACAGGCAACGAUCUGCGUAGCCAGACUGUCACUCUACACUGCUUCCUUGAAGAGCUGUCAUUUGUCCAAGACAGUACAAUACUGCAGCUCAUACAUCCACAACUUGAGUUAACCCUGGCCGAUGUAGGCCCCACUGGUCCAUGGGAUGGAGGGGACUUAAUCAGCUUCAUACUUGAAAUACAUCAUCAGGUUGUAUUCCCCGAUGCCUCGGCUUACAAUCUUCAGUUCUCUAUAACUACUGAUCAUGGAGCACUGACAAGCCUCGUUAUAGACUCAGCAAACACUACCGACUCAUCUUGUCUCAUUGGGUCACUGUCAUGCUCUGUGAUCAAUACAUCGAUGUUCAGUUGUAGCUCUCUUCCUACUGACUGUGCUGCAAGUGUUGUUAUGUCAGCAGAGCUUCCAAUGGGUUUGGUGGCUGGAAAUAACAUUACCAUUGAAACUACCUUACAGUACGACAGUAACCCUUUCUCAGCUCCUCACACUGGUGUGAUGUACACACCUCUCGACGUCCUUUUCACUGAGAGUGUCAAAGUUCCGACACAAGUGUUCAAGUCGAAUGUCUCUCAUCCUCUCAACUACGUUGCCCCAUUCCAAACCAUUGAGUUCACACUCACUCUAACUGUGCCUGAAGGAGAGACUCAAGAUGUCUCCAUUUCCUUUAAUACCACCAUCACUCCACCAGGCGAUCCCAAUGGUGUCAACUUUACACUAACACUGCAGAGUAUAGUCAUACAUCCCACAGCAAGCCAGACUACACUCCCAUUCUUGGGAAAUAUCUUCAACCCAUUUGACAACAUUGCCUCAGUCAAUGACACUGUUGUAUUAGUGCUCACACUGGAUGUGCCAAGUGGCUCAAAUAUUCCCUUCACGAUAUUUGCCGUGACAAUGUACAACACUUCCUCUGGAGAGAUGCAACUGGUAGAUGAGUUAGAUCUUUUUAUUUUCCAACCUGACAUCAAUGUGACAACUGAAGCACUCUCUGUAAGAUUAUCCAGGAUAGUGAACACAGAAUUGAUCAACUUUGACCUUUGGAUAGAGCGUGUGGAUAGCACCUUUCCUGUCUAUGAUAUCGUUAUUGAAGUUUCUCUGGAGUUGCCAUCUGAAACGAUUCUUAAUGUGACGCUUGACAAUCUGUCUGUUAGUAUGAAGAGUGUUGCAGGAAGUGAGGUUUCUGUGCUGCUUAAUCGUUCUGUGCUUAGCUAUGUCAACAGUACCAGCAUGCAACUGCUCCACUUUGAAGGACACUUCUUACCGAAUGUACCUAAUGGACAAGUGAUAAAACUGAAUGGAUCAGUUACGUUCAUUGUGGAUCCUUACACAUUCACAGACUAUUUCACAUUCCCUGAUUUGUACUUUGUAAGACCCACAAUUGAAGUAGAAAGGUUAUCAUUCAGCUCAUUUAUCGAAGAUUCCAAAGUAGUGAUUUGGGAGCUGGUACUGACAAACAUUGCUGGAUCACCGUUUGAUCUUACUGUGGACAUUUAUGUAGACAUGGAUGUACUUCAACUUCUGUUUGUGGAUGUUCAAAGUGUAGGGGGAGGUCUUGGCUUUGUUUCACCAGUUCUCAUGGCUAACACAACUUUCCAAGCUCAAUUGGUGUUCCAGAAUCUCACCUCAGUGCUGAGUGGCGGUAGUGGGAUCUGCUCAGAGUGCUCAACAGAGAUUGUCCUGUUAAUCCACACAUCACUCAUCAAUGAUGUUGGUGACCGUAGUGCACUUGUGACUGCAAGUAGCUACUAUGGGAGCGGGUCGACAGUUAGUACGAUCGAGUCAAGGAUUACUGACAUUGAGACACGCUAUAGUACAAACAAUCCAGACACCAGGCACGGUAUUCUCCAGGUUGGGGAAACAAUGACUUUGAACAUUACAAUAACACAACCAGAAAAUGUCUCGUCCAACCUGACUUUGAACCUGACCAUGACCCAAACUCUACCUCUGGACUACCCAAUAAUUGUGUCCACAGUGACGAUAGUGCACAUUGGUACUAAAAUUGAAAACACAGUGCUGGCCGUGGGUGACUCUGAAUCAUCACCACACAUUACCCUAGUCUCAAAUAAUGCUGUGACUGUUUAUCUGGGAGAGGUCCUCAAUAGAGGGGAUGGGAUGAUAAAUGAAGAUGAUCAGGUGGUGGUCAGCAUCACUGCCUUUGCUCAGACCACAGGCAACGAUAUGCGUAGCCAGACUGUCACUCUGCACUGCUUCCUUGAAGAGCAGCCAUUCGUCCAGGACAGUACAAUACUGCAGCUCAUACAUCCACAGCUUGAGUUAACCCUGACCGAUGUAGGCCCCACUGGUCCAUGGGAUGGAGGGGACUUAAUCAACUUCAUGUUUGAAUUACGUCAUCAGGUUGUAUUCCCCAGUGCCUCGGCUUACGAUCUUCAGUUCUCUAUAACUACUGAUCAUGGAGCACUGACAAGCCUUUUUAUUGACUCAGCAAACACUACCGGCUCCUCUUGUCUCAUUGGGUCACUGUCAUGCUCUGUUAUCAAUAGAUCUAUGUUCAGUUGUAGCUCUCUUCCUACUGACUGUGCUGCAAGUGUUGUUAUGUCAGCAGAGCUUCCAAUGUCUGUGGUGGCUGGAAAUAACAUUACCAUUGAAACUACCUUACAGUACGACAGUAACCCUUUCUCAGCUCCUCACACUGGUGUGAUGUACACACCUCUCAAUGCCCAAUUCACUGAGAGUGUCAAAGUGCCAACACAAGUGUUCGAGUCGAAUGUCUCUCAUCCUCUCAACUACGUUGCCCCAUUCCAAACCAUUGAGUUCACACUUACUCUAACUGUGCCUGAAGGAGAGACUCAAGAUGUCUCCAUUUCCUUUAAUACCACCAUCACUCCACCGGGAGAUCCCAAUGGUGUCAACCUGACAAUAACACUGCAGAGUAUAGUCAUACAUCCCACAGCAAUCCAGGCUACACUCCCAUUCUUGGGAGAUAUAUUCAACUCAUUUGACAACCUUGCCUCAGUCAAUGACACUGUUGUAUUAGUGCUCACACUGGAUGUGCCAAGUGCCACAAAUAUUCCCUUCACGAUAUUCGCCUUGACAAUGUACAACACUUCCUCUGGAGAGAUGCAACUGGUAGAUGAGUUGGACUUUAUCAUUGUCAAACCUGAAAUCAAUGUAACAACUGAAGCACUCUCUGUAAGAUUAUCCAGGAUAGUGAACACAGAAGUAAUCAACUUCGAUCUUUGGAUAGAGCGUGUGGAUAGUGCCUUUCCUGACUAUGAUGUCAUUAUUGACGUUUCUCUACAGUUGCCAUCUGAAACGAUUUUGAAUUCGACGCUUGACAAUCUGUCUGUUAGUAUGAAGAGCUUUGCAGGAAGUGAGGUUUCUGUGCUGCUUAAUAGUUCCGUGCUUAGCUAUGUCAACAGUACCAGCAUGCAACUGCUCCACUUUGAAGGACGCUUUUUACCGAAUAUUCCUGAUGGGCAAGUGAUAAAACUGAAUGGAUCAGUAAUGUUCAUUGUGGAUCCUUUCACAUUCACAAACUAUGUAGAGUAUUUCACAUUCCCUGAUUUGUACUUCAUAAGACCCACAAUUGAAGUAGAAAGGUUAUCAUUCAGCUCAUUUAACGAAGGUUCCGAAGUAGUGAUUUGGGAGCUGGUACUGACAAACAUUGCUGGAUCACCGUUUGAUCUUAUUGUGGACAUUUUUGUAGACACGGAUGUACUUCAACUUCUGUUUGUGGAUGUUCAAAGUGUAGGGGGAGGUCUUGGCUUUGUUGCACCAGUUCUCAUGGAUAACACAACUUCCCAAGCUCAAUUGGUGUUCCAGAAUCUCACCUCAGUGCUGAGUGGCGGUAGUGGGAUCUGCUCAGAGUGCUCAACAGAGAUUGUCCUGUUUAUUCACACAUCACUCAUCAAUGAUGUUGGUGACCGUAGUGCACUUGUGACUGCAAGUAGCCACUAUGGUAGCGGGUCGACAGUUAGUAUGAUGGAGUCAAGGAUUACAGACAUUGAGACAAGCUACAGUACAAACAAUCCAGACACCAGGCAUGGUAUUCUCCAGGUUGGGGAAACAAUGACUUUGAACAUUACAAUAACACAGCCAGAAAAUGUCUUGUCCAACCUGACUUUGAACCUGACCAUGACCCAAACUCUACCUCUGGACUACCCAAUGAUUGUGUCCACAGUGACGGUAGUACACAUCGGUACUAACAUCGAAAACACAGUACUGGCCGUGGGUGACUCUGAAUCAUCACCACACAUUACCCUAGUCUCAAAUAAUGCUGUGACUGUUUAUCUGGGAGAGGUGCUCAAUAGAGGGGAUGGGAUGAUAAAUGAAGAUGAUCAGGUGGUGGUCAGCAUCACUGCCUUUGCUCAGACCACAGGCAAUGAUCUGCGAAACCAGACUGUCAUUCUGCACUGUUUCCUUGAAGAGCAGCCAUUCGUCCCAGAUAGCACAAUACUGCAACUCAUACAUCCACAACUUGAGUUAAUCCUAGCCGAUAUAGGCCCCACUGGUCCAUGGGAUGGAGGGGACUUAAUCAGCUUCAUACUUGAAACACAUCAUCAGGUUGUAUUCCCCGAUGCCUCGGCUUACGAUCUUCAGUUCUCUAUAACUACUGAUCAUGGAGCACUUACAAGCCUCGUUAUAGACUCAGCAAACACUACCGGCUCCUCUUGUUUCAUUGGGUCACUGUCAUGCUCCGUGAUUAAUACAUCUGUGUUCAGUUGUAGCUCUCUUCCUACUGACUGUGCUGCAAGUGUUGUUAUGUCAGCAGAGCUUCCAAUGGGUGUGGUGGCUGGAAAUAACAUUACCAUUGAAACUACCUUACAGUACGACAGUAACCCAUUCUCAGCUCCUCACACUGGUGUGAUGUACACACCUCUCGAUGUCCAUUUCACUGAGAGUGUCAAAGUGCCGACACAAACAUUCACGAUCAGCACUAAGUACCCAACACCUAACGAAACUCUGCUUCUUACAUUGGAGCUCCUUCUUCCUGAAGGACUCACUCGGAACGUAACCACCAUUAUUGAUGCUUGGGACACGAAUCAGACAUUCAUUUUGGAUAUCAAAAUUGAUAAAGUUACUCUUGGAAGUAAUAUCAACUCAAGUAACGUAGAGAUAAUUGAUCACUAUCCAGAGCUAGGAGAUAUUUUUGUCAUACCAGACCAAAACGAUUCUCUGCUUGAGUUGGACACGAUCGUCAUAACCUACUCUGUGAUGAUACCCGAGGAUGCCUACCAAGUGAACUUCACUGCACUCACUGAAACUUCGUACUCGACAAGCGAUAGUGUAUCAGUAACUCUCAGUGGUAGUAAUGUCUGGUUGGUAAUCCUGGAGCCAAUCUUGACUGUCGAACUAAGCGUCUCAGAGAAGCUGGUGGACAUUGGAUUCAUUGUAGUGUACAACCUUUCUCUAACGUACAGUAUGCAACCAGAUCAACCUGAUGAAGUGAUAAUCAUCAAUGCUACUGCUUUCCUCCCUUCCUUCUUGGACCUGCUUCCUAACAACUUGGUGGAACAAACAACCCAGUACUCUGACAGGAAUGGUCUGGAGUAUACUGCAAUCCACUUUGUCUCUCUUCAAAAAAAUACUGCAAGUGAUAUUCUUCUCUCAGUACCAGUAGUAGUGACUUCUAACUCCGCCAAUAGAACAGUAAUUCUUGCCAACAGUGAAAUUAGUUACGCCUAUUCUUCAAUAGAACGUGUGUUUGGUUUUGUUGAAGAUUUCCGCAAUGUCUACAUCGCUAACCUGAACAUGGUGCUUUCACUUGUGUCAACUAGUUUGCAGGUUACAAACGGAAAUGUAAUCACAUUUGGUGAGACUUCCACUUGGCAUGUGACCAUCUCAGAACUUGUUGGACCAGUACAAAACAUGACUGUGACUAUUUUUUCAAGCAAUGUGCUCCUCGAUGUUGCUGAGUUGAGUGUGUUGUCCAUUGGAUCUAACCUCAACCUGGUUGGAGCUCCCCUCAUCACCGUUCUCAAUGAGACAGCUGUUGUUGUAUUUCAAGAUCUCACCCUAACAGAUCCAGAUGGCUACAAUGGCAGCUGUGACUGUGGCAUACUGAUUGAAGUAUUAUACACUUCUCAGCUGCCUGUAGUUCAAAAUCAACUAGUAACCGUUGAUGCGAAUGUAACAUAUGGCUCACUUCAAAGAAUAGACGAGGGACAGGUACUGGUUUCUCCCCCAGCAAAGCUAUCAAUCAACCUCACCUUGGAGACAUAUGAAGUGGAGGGUGGUAGUGAUGUACCAGCAUAUGCUACAAUUGAGCAUGUUUCUAUACUCCGUCUAGAUGCAUAUGAUCUAGUAAUCACACUACCAAUUGAAGACCCACAGCUAACUUUCUCUGGCAAUGCAACUGCUCACUUUUCUAAUGGGACAACAGUAAUUUUUAGUUCAGAUGUUCUACUCGAGAGUGGAGGAGGUUUCAAUGUUUCUUUGCUACCAUGGAAUGAGACGAUACUGAUAUCCUUUGUGUACACCUUCUCCCCAUUUACUACACUUGGACUCAUUGUCCCCCUCAGUGCUCUUCUGGAAUAUUCCAACACAAACAUUAGUAUUCCUGGAUACAGAGACACAGUUAAUGAUACAGAGGAUGUGAUACCGAGUAGCUUGAAUGAAGUGGCCAGUUUUCUGUCCAGCACAUCUUCUUCCUUUACUUUUGGUAGGGACGUUGCCAUCAAUGAGAUAUUUGACGUUUCUGUCAGGAAACUUAUACGACAUGGAGUUUCUUCCCCUGUAUUUUACACAGUGUUUAGUACAGAUGAUGGUACAUAUCCUCCUGUUCAAUUACUCAACGUUGACAGCUCCAUACCAAGUGCCACUACGUUCGUUACCACUGCCAAUGCAACACUUGACAUUUUACAUAACUCCAGCGAAUUGAGCAUUAUCUGGAAUUUAGGAGUGUUGUACAAUCAACCUGAUGGAUUUAAAGAUAUCAACGAUAUCAUUCAAAAUGUCUACACAAUUGGAAUCUCUACGAAUGCUUCUUUGACCAGUAUAAACAUUGAUAACUAUGUGAUGGAUUCUGGAAGCAACCAAACUGAAGACGCGCUGAACAUCAAUCUGAACGUAGUUGCACCAGAAUUGAUAACAUCUUUGAACAUUGAAGUGCUUGAGGAAGGGAAUCCAAGAAUAGCAAGAUUUACAUUCUCAAUUUUUCACUCCGAGAACUCAUCAGCUCCUGCUUUCUUCCUUAACAUCUUAAACACUAUACCUCCUGAACUGAAACUAGUUUCUCUCGUUACUGUGGGGUACAAUGAUGGCAGUAUGUUACAUGAAGAGUCACGAAAUGAAGCAGACUCGAUUGUCGAACUAUCUUACCCUCGUUUUCUCCUUGACCAAAACGUUACCUUGGAAUACCUGGUUCAAAUCGGCAUCGAUUUACCUGAUGGAUUUAAUAUUACCAAUGCUAUUGAGCUGCAGUACACUACCAUUAAGCAGGAGGGAACAAUUGCAGUGCUGUAUCCUGAAUACAAUGGAAGAAAUGAAAAUCACAGAAAUGGAGGAUGCGUUCAAAAAAUUUUGGUCGGCAUCCCAGUGGAAAUUAUCGAUGGCCCUUUUCUUCUGCUGUGGCUCAUUAUUGGAAUCAUUAUAGGCAUUAUUGUAGGUACUUUAGUGAUUGGGAUUUAUCACUGCUGCAUUUACAUACGAGAAUGGCGCUUGAAAAGAUCAGUGUUUCCAGCACUUCUGCUUGGAGUGCUACUAGACGAUAAAGAGGAGGAGGAAUGUUUGAUAUUCAAGUCUGAACGGAAGAGACCCCUCUUUUCAAGUCUACUGGAAGCGUUACCUAAAGACGUGUGGUUCGACGUAGAUGGCACCUAUAUAGGCGCCGAGUCCGACUACAUAGCUGAAGUGGAAAGAGAAUUCUUUUAUGUUGAAGGAAAGGCAAUGAGUAGAUUAAUGGUACAUCUGUUGAAGACCAAAAGUAAUCUAAAGGCUGAGAAUAUUCGUAAGGCUAAACUCAGAUUUGAUUCUAAAGUUAUUGAGCUCAGAGCCCAGUUAAAAGAUAGUAUGAGAAGUGAGAUGCAAAAGCAAGCGUAUCAAUCUGUAUCAGACAAGAUUACUCAAGAAGAGGAAUUGACUAAUUCACAAAGUAAAAGUAUCGGAGAACUGCAGUCCAGCUUGACUGGGGAUAUGGAUACAGCUGUUGAUUUACUGGAGUAUUUGGACAGAAAUCACGAGUCAGAAAAAACAGAGCUAUACUUAACUAUUGGGCUUGAGAAGAAAGAAGCAGAGCUUGUUAUAGUACAGCAGUAUAUAGCCCACUUCAUGCUUGGUGUAAAGGCACUGAUGAUACAGACAAUACAUGAGUUUUGUCCCAAGGAGACGAGCACUGCCAAAUCAAUCCAGGAGUUUUCUGGUGGGAUAUAUGAGAGCAUUCUAGCUGAAGCAAAGACUCAAGAAGAGGUAUCUGUGAUUCGAGGAAAGCGUCAACGGCAGUGUCUGCUAGAGAAGAGGAUUGUUGAAAUACAAGACUUUCAUUUGGAAGAGCAGAUGCUGAAACUGAUUGACAGUAGCAUUGCUGGAAUGAAACAAGAGCAUGUGGUCAAGGAUGACGUUUGUGAAGAAUUGAAAGACACUUUCUACAACGAUAUGAAGAUGUUGAGAUCACGUAAGAAGGAAACUGAGCUAGAAAUCAACAAUAGAGCGAAGGCUGAUUUGGAGAAAAGAGUACAAGAGUUACCCGUCUUCACAUUCAUCGAUACCACAGCUUUUUCUUCUAUUGAAUCUGAGAUAGAAAGGUGGCACAGUCUUCAAGAGGAAAGAGAAGUAUUACUGAAAGAAGUUGAAGAACAGGCUAUAAAGCAGUUAAAGGAAAGCUGGGAGCAACACCUUAUAUCUAGGAAGCAACUUAUGGAAGACCAAACUACCAAGUUAUCUCAGCACAUGUUAUCACGAGGUGUGCAAUUGAAAUUGUGUGAUGAAAUUCUGAGGCAGCACUCGAAGAAUAGAUUGAACGCCAAAGAAAAGUUGGAAACAAGCAUUUUAAUUCUUAAAGUCAAGUUCCAAGCCAGUGUGGAAAGGCUGCGACAAAGGGUGGAUAAAGCUGCUAUAAUCACAAAGAAAUUACACUCAAUGAGAAAGGAGGUCGAGAUGCACUUCUUACUUGAUGUGAUCUCUGGAAUGGAUGGUGAAGAACAGCUGGAAAAGAUAGAGCUAUAUCAUAGAGAUGCUGCUAUUCUACAAAGAAGUGUGGCUCUGGAGAGAUUGAGGAUUUUUCUUAGAGCAAAGGCUAGAGUUUCUGUUCAUGAGAAAAGAAAGCUUCAGAAUGCUCAAAACAAAUUCGUCCAGCUUCUCCAAAGUGACAAAUUUACCAGGCAAGUCAAAGAAACCUUCAGAUCUUUUGUGAGGCAGUUACAGAAAGUGAGGACAGAGACUUACACUAAGGUGUUUGAAGAAGAGCGAAGAAAGGCUGAAGAGGACCACACAAAGGUGCGAGAGAGGGAGGUUCAGUUGAUAGCUACUCGGAGCAUUGAGACAGUGCUAGGUGCUGAAGAGAUUGAAGAACAAUGGAGCAGAAGCCGACCCAACACUGGAGCAGCUCUACAAGUGAAUUUGAUGGACAUCCAAGAAGAUUCUAAGAAGUUGUUAACAGACCACAGGGAGAACCUCAUCCAAGUUAACAGCAAACUAGUGAAAGAGAAAGACAAUAUUGCACAUAGUUUCGAGAAGAAACUGAAUAGAAGGCGGCUACGACGAGAAAUGACUGUCAUGGAUUUGGCUGUUCCUGAAAACAGCCCAGGCCAGAUUGCUAAGCCAUCCAAAUUUGUGGUAGCUGUACGCAAGGUGAUGCUCUCAGAACGGCUGAGAAUGAUCCAUGACCAACACAAGAGAGAGCUGCACACUGUACUCGAGGACCUACAGAAGUCGUAUGAGCAAAAACGGCAUGACGCGUUCUCCAAACUGGAGAGGAAGGUUGAAAAUCAUCUGCUAAAGGGUGGAACACAUUCUCAGGAGGAGCUUACCAAAAUAUUCCAAAGCAUUGACGUGUGGCAGGCAGAGCUGAAGAAACCCACGGGGGGAAAAAGUAGGAGUUACUCCACUGUGAUUGGAAAAAGUCCUAGUAGAUAUCCACUACCACCGAUAUAUGCUGCGCCUGGAGAAAGUGUCGGAGAAAGUGGUGCGUUGUUGAGAGCUGCCCAUCCUCAACUACAUGGAGUUUUCAGGGCUGGAGAAGGUAUCAUUGAGAGUGGUACGUUGUUGAGAGAAACACAUUACGCUCAUUCUCAACCAGAUGGAGUUCUCAGGGCUGGAGAAGGUUUCGGUGGAAGUGGUGCGUUGUCAACAGAAAGACACUCCGCUUAUCCUCAACCAGAUGGAGUUCUUAGGGCUGGAGAAGAUGUCAGUGGAAGUGGUGCGUUGUGGAGAGAAAAGCAUUACGCCCAUUCUCAACCAGAUGGAGUUCUGAGAGCUGGAGAAGAUUUCAGUGGAAGUGGUCCGUUGUCGACAGAAAGACACUACGCCCAUCCUCAACCAGAUGGAGUUCUCAGACCUGGAGAAGUUGUCGAUGGAAGUGGUGCGUUGUCGAAAGAAAGACACUCCGCUUAUCCUCAACCAGAUGCAGUUCUCAGGGCUGGAGAAGAUGUCAGUGGAAGUGGUGCGUUGUGGACAGAAAAACAUUACGCCCAUUCUCAACCAGAUGGAGUUCUCAGAGCUGGAGAAGGUUUCAGUGGAAGUGGUCCGUUGUCGACAGAAAGACACUACGCCCAUCCUCAACCAGAUGGAGUUCUCAGACCUGGAGAAGGUGUCUAUGGAAGUGGUGCGUUGUCGAAAGAAAGACACUCCGCCUAUCCUCAACUAGACGGAGUUCUCAGGGCUGGAGAAGGUUUCAGUGGAAGUGGUCUGUUGUCGACAAAAAGGCACUCCGCCUAUCCUCAACCAGAUGGAGUUCUCAGGGUUGAAGAAAGUGUCAGUGGAAGUGGUCCGAUGUCGAAAGAAAGACACUCCGCCUGUCCUCAACCAGAUGGAGUUCUCAGAGUGCGUUACACGAAAGUACUUUGUCUGGUGUUUUUACUACAUGUAUAAUGACUGCAUGUAGGAGUGUUA